AUGUCCUUCGAAACCUACAUACAACGCGCAGACGAUUAUAUCACAAAGCAGAUCCACAAGUUCGAGCAGCAGAAACGUGGUGGAAAUAGAUCACCACCCCGUGCGAAGGGAUACCAUCAGAUGUCUGGAUAUCAGCAUCAAGGUCGGCCGCCUUCCCAAGGUGGUUACCCUGGCAGCCCUGCUCCACAAGGGGGUCUUCCACCACCAGCGCCCCAAGGUUGGGCACAAGAGUACGAUGCGAGGAGUCAACGUUGGUACUACGUUGACAGGGCGACAGGAAGAAGUCAGUGGGAACCUCCCUCUUUUGCACCACCGCGCGCCGCCACCUUUCAGCCUGAGGUCCGUAUGCCCAGUCCGUACCAGCAAUUCAGCCGGGAAGAUGAGCAGAGUCAACGGUGGCGCGAGCGAUCCAGUUCUCAGCCUCAACGUCCUGGAUCAGGCGUAAGUGGACAUGGAAAAUUCCUCGAUCCCAGGCAGAACGGUGGAAGUGGAGGCGGAAGUGCAAGCCCGGCUGGACUGCAUACCCAAAUACCACCGGGAUCAUAUCUGGAUAUGAAGACGGGCAAGAUCGUUAGUAGUAUGUUCCCAGAAGGUCAGACACAUCAGAGUUGGCAACAGGAAAUACAAAGAAUAUGA